AUGUCCUUGAUUUUGUUGCUCGGUUGCAGCGUUGUUGUGCUUGCACAACAGGUCUAUGUCCCCGCCGACGGGCCUACACCGAGGCCUCAAUGCACGGCAACUCAGACUUAUUCCGCCGAAUACACCUCUCCGACCUAUGCUUUCAGCAACUUCUCAUUCACGCAGACCGAGACGGUCCGGACUGCAACUUCGGUCAAGUCUGCGCCAGUCACGACAUAUGCCUCGCCAUACGCAUCGCUCAGCCACCUGGUUCCGGAUCUGAGCACAACAACAUGGGGAAACUGGUACCCCAAUGCCACCGCAACCGCUACAGAUACGGCUGACCCUUACGGACAAGCUGCCUGGUCUGCUCUGUGGGAGCAUGCCAGCCUCGCCAACUUCACCUUCAGGGGUCUUUACUCAACAACCGUCUCUCCAACCCCGGUGCCUACCAGUGAGCUUGUGCUGCCGCCCCCAGACUACUUCACUCCCCAAGACUGUUCUUACUACCCGGACGAUUUCAUGUUUGGAGUCGCAGGCUCUGCUUCUCAAAUCGAAGGGGCCAUUGCAGACGAAGGGAGGUCACCGAGUCUGAUGGAGAUUUUGAUCCCUUCCUCAUCUGGCAAACCUACCAACUACGUCACGAAUGAGAACUAUUAUCUGUACAAGCAGGACAUCGAGCGCCUGGCUGCUAUGGGAGUCAAGUAUUAUUCUUUUACCAUUCCCUGGACUCGAAUCAUGCCCUUCGUGUUCGAGGGAAGUCCCGUCAACCAGCAAGGCCUCGACCACUAUGAUGACCUCAUCAACUUCGUCCUGGAGAAGGGGAUGCAGCCGACCGUCACCCUGAUUCACUUCGACACGCCUCUCCAGUUCUAUGGAAACAACCUGAGCGCCGCUGCAGACCCUCCUCUUAUUGGAUACACCAACGGAGCCUAUCAGAACGAAACAUUCGAGGAUGCAUUUGUGAACUAUGGCAAGAUCGUCAUGACUCACUUUGCUGACCGUGUCCCUGUCUGGUUCACUUUCAACGAGCCCCUCCUGUACUGCAACAACGGCAAGAGUGUAAACACGGUGGUCAAGGCCCACGCUAGGCUCUACCACUUCUACCAUGACGAAAUCAACGGCACGGGCAAGCUCGGCAUCAAGUUCAACGACAACUUUGGUGUGCCCCGCGAUCCCCAGAAUGCGUCGGAUGUGGACGCUGCGAACCACUUCAACGAGUUCCAGCUGGCAACUUUCGCGAACCCUAUUUUCCUCGGCAAGGAUUAUCCCGAAGCCUUCAAGAUGACCAUCCCUGAUUACGUGCCCCUCUCCGAGGAAGACUUGGAGUACAUCGGGGGUACAGCAGAUUUUCUCGGCAUCGAUCCCUACACCGCGACAGUCGUCAGCCCCGCGCCUGAAGGCAUUGCCGUCUGCGCGUCCAACACAUCCGACCCGCUCUUCCCGUACUGCGUCGAGCAAUCCACCCUUACGGCCACCGGCUGGAACAUCGGCUACCGCUCGCAGUCCUACGUCUACAUCACGCCCAAGUACCUGCGCACCUACCUGUCGUACCUCUGGAACACCUGGCAGCACCCCGUCAUGAUCACCGAGUUCGGCUUCCCCGUCUUCGCCGAGGCCGACAAGGAAGACCUUUCGGACCAGCUGUACGACCUGCCCCGCAGCCAGUACUACCUGUCGUUCAUGAGCGAAGUGCUCAAGUCCAUCUGGGAGGACAAGGUCCAUGUGCUGGGCGCGUUUGCCUGGAGUUUCGCUGACAAUUGGGAGUUUGGCGACUAUGAACAGCAGUUUGGCAUUCAGGUCGUGAACCGCACGACGCAGGAGAGGCACUACAAGAAGAGCUUCUUUGAUCUGGUGGACUUCGUGGCGGCGAGGACAAGGUCUUGA